AUGAAUAUUGUUAGUAUUAUUAAAAAUGGUUUUCAGCGAAUAACUGAUAUUUCUCAGCAUCAUAAAAAGAUGAUGUCAGAGGUCAGUGAAAAAGAUACAGUUGACAGUUCUGAUGUUCGUGUUCUUGAUUCAAAAGAAAUGACUUUGGCAAGCAAUUUUCGUUCUAUAACUGAUUCAUUUCGUCGUCAAGCAUAUCGUUUUGCUCAGUUACAGAAGAGAAUUAAUACUGAGCAGCACAAAUAUCGUCGUUUAUUACGGAACUUGAAGAAUGAUAAAUCGAUUUUGGUUACUCGCCCAGAUAAUGGCAGAGGUGUUGUGUUGUUAGAUAAAAUCGACUAUUUAUCAAAAAUACAUAAUAUACUCAAUGAUACAACUAAAUUUUCAUUUUUAUCAUAUGAUCUUACAAUUACUCGAGAAACUAAAUUAAUUAAAUUGUUGAACCGAUUACUUGAUGAAGGUAGUAUUUCGAAAGAUUUCUAUAUUUUGGCGAAGCCAUUUGGUUCUAUUCCUAGUCGUCUUUACGGAUUGCCGAAAGUACAUAAGGAAGAUGUUCCACUUCCACCGGUUGUGUCAGCUAUUAAAAUAUUCAACUAUGAUCUUGGGAAAGCUCUGUCACGGUUAUUAUCACAAUUUAUCGAGAAAACAAAUAUGAUUCGUGAUUCGUUUUCUUUUGUUGAUGAAUUACUCGCACUACCAAAGUGUAUGUCUCAGUACAAAAUGGUAUCUUUUGAUAUUGCGAGUCUCUAUACAAAUGUACCACUUACUGAAACAAUAGAUAUAAUUCUCAAACAUUUAUAUGAUGGUCAUGCUAAACCUCCUACGAUUAGUCGAGAAGAUAUGAAGGAGCUACUUGAUUUAGCAACAGAAAAAUCUCAUUUUCUCUUUAAUGGACAAUUAUAUGAUCAGAUCGAUGGAGUUUCAAUGGGGUCUCCCUUAGCUCCGCUAUUUUAUUUUGAUACAAUUAAUAUUUGGAGAUUUUCUUUUAUAAUACCUGCAGAUAAUAUUCUCGACCAACAAUAUGAGCACUGA